AUGGGUCUUCUUUCUCUCGGGACCCCACUUGAGUGGCCUGAAUCCCGCCAGUAUAAUGACCAUGUGAGAAAGAACGGCAUUGAGCAACUUCUGUACAUCUUCCUGGCGGCGAACGGCAGGAAGAACGACCCCCUUCUGUGGGGGGACGAGAUAGAGUACAUGAUGUGCAAAAUUGACGAUGCUGGACGCAAUGCUGUUCUGGCGGUUGACGACGACGAUGUUCUAUGCGCGCUAAACACGGAGGAUGUAGGGGUUUGCCAGGCGCACAAUACAUCCUUCCACCCCGAAUACGGCCGCUAUAUGAUCGAGGCUACGCCUGCAAGGCCCUACACAGGCUUUAUGAGCAACUACGUGGAGGAAAACAUGGGGGAGCGCAGGGCAAUUGUUGACAGCAAGCUAGAAAAGCGUGGGGUUGAACUGCUCUCGCUGGCUGUGUUUCCUCGUAUGGGGUGUCCGGGCUUCACGGAUCUGAGCGAGUCGUGGGACCACCACAAUAGCGCCUCGAGGUCUCUGUAUCUACCGGACGAAAUCAUAAACCGGCACGCGAGGUUCCCCACUUUAACGGCGAACAUACGCACGCGGCGAGGAGAAAAGGUGUGCAUGAACGUUCCCAUGUACAAGGAUAAACGAACACCUGACCACGAUGAUACUGUUUUCGUGCGUGACUGGUUCACCAUUGAAGACAAGGAGGGCCCAUUGGCGUCCAAACCCGGCCACAUAUACAUGGAUUCCAUGGGCUUCGGCAUGGGCUGCAGCUGCUUGCAGUUGACAUUCCAAGCGCCAACAGUCGACAAGGCUCGGUACCUCUACGAUUCGCUCGUCAACUUUGCUCCAAUCUUCCUUGCUGCGACUGCCGCCUCGCCAGCUUUCAAGGGAUGGUUGGCCGACCAGGAUGUCCGUUGGAAUGUGAUUUCUGGCGCCGUAGAUGACCGCACCCCGUAUGAGCGGAGUACCGAACCACUUUUGCCUGAAUACAACAAUGGUAACGGUAAGUCUCUCAAUGAACAUCCUAUGCGGAUUCCAAAGUCCAGGUACAGCGCAGUGGAUCUCUACUUGGGUGGUAACUCUUUUUUUGACCGCGAAUUCAAUGACACCGAUGUUCCGGUCAAUCAAGAAGUCCUAGAACGGCUUCAGUCCAAUGAUAUUUUCCCAAUGGACUUCGACCUCGCUCGCCAUUUUUCUCAUUUGUUUAUCAGGGACCCCUUGGUGGUCUUUCAAGAACGCGUUGACCAAGAUAACAAGCAUUCGACGGAUCAUUUCGAAAAUAUCCAGAGCACAAACUGGCAGACACUACGGUUCAAACCACCUACUCAAGAGGCUACCCCAGAAAACAAAAAGUGUCCCGGAUGGCGCGUUGAGUUUAGACCUAUGGAGAUUCAUUUGACUGACUUUGAAAAUGCAGCCUAUGCAAACUUCAUAUACUUGGUCGUUGAAUGCCUGUUGACCUUCAGCGACGAUAUCAAUGCGUAUGUGCCCAUGUCAGAAGUCUGGAAAAAUAUGGAGAUUGCACACCGCCGCGAUGCUGUACUUGACGAAGAGUUUUACUGGAAAAUUGGCUUCAAUAAGGAAGGGACGCGAAAGCUGUCAUUCACAGAGAUUUUCCAUCACCCAGAAAGUGGUAUUUUCCCUCAAUUUAUAGAUCGCAUUUUGGUUCACAAGGGAUUCGUCUCUUCUUCAUGGACGGAACUCAAAAAUUCUCGCCAAUCUGCGCAUCUCAGGCUGUACUACUAUUUGAAACUCAUAUCCGAUAGAGCUACGGGUGCAUUGCCAACAACUGCCAGGUUCUUACGUGACUUUAUUUUGAAUCACCCUGACUACAAAGAAGACUCUCGAUUGACUUCUGUGAUCAACUACGACAUGUUGAAGCUGGCCUCCAGACUCACACAUCUCGAUGAUACUAACGGAGAGCUCACAAGAUUUUUUGGCGAAGAAAUAGUUCAGUUUUUGAGAUAA